AAAGUAACGUAGCCGUGCACAGCAAAGCGCGCCAAGCGAUACACUCACUACGCACUGUGUACGCAGUAGAGCAAAAAGUGGCGCAUGUGUAAAUAAAAAACAUGGCUAAAGAAGAGGAGGCGAUCCGAAAGUUCGUUGUGAGAGAACUACAAAAGUGCUCGGAUCUCAGCACCCUGACUGUAGGCAUUCUGCGGAGGAGAUACCUGGAGAAGGUGGGGAGAGAGUCGCUCAGCAUCGACCACAGACAGCUGAUGAAGAAAACUGUCGAGGAGGAACUUUUGAAGAUGCAGUUUCAGGACAGCAGCGAUGAUGAGCCUCUUAUUAAGAUUGUGAAUCCUUCAAAGAGCCAGAGCAAAAGGAAAAGGGCGGAUGAAGAGAAUGAGUUGGGAAAGACAAAACGAUCACGGCUGGAGGAGUCUUCUCCAGAUUCCCCUGACUCUGGAAUAGAGAAAGCUAUAAACGAGAGAGAACAAAAAGAGGAUGAAGCUGAAAGUGAUAAAGACAUGGGUGAAGUUAGUGAGGAGGAGCAAGAGGAAAAGAACAUUAAGAAAAAAAUGCAGAAUAAGAGACCAAGCAAACAGAGCAAACAGCAAGGAGAAAGUGAGAAGAAAAAGAAACUGAAGGAGAAAGGGAAGGUGAAAGAAAGUGACGAAGAUGAGGAGUUGGAGGAUUCUGAUGAGGAGGAGGCAAGGCCAAAAAAAUCAUCGAACGAAAAGAAAAAGGAUUCAGACAGUGAGGAGGAAAUCAGUGAUAAACUGGCUUCGAGUGAUUCUGAGGAUGAAAAAGUGAAGACGCAGAGUAAAAGAAAAGAUAUCAGAAAUAAGAAGCCAGUCGAGAGGGAUAUUGUGAAAGAAGUGGAGAGACAGGUUUUUGGGAGCAGCUCUGAGAGUGAAGAGGAGAAUAACAAGAGCGCUAAAAGAAAAAACAGGAGCAACUCUGAAAACGAAAGCAGCGGAGACAGUGAAGAGGAAAAAGAUCCAAAAGAGGAUGCUGCUAAUUCGUCCUCCAAAGAGAUGGAGAAAAAUGAAGAGAAAUUACAGGACAAUCAGGAGGAGGCAGCAGAGGACUCUGACUCCUCGUCUCUUCCCUCAAUGGAGGACGAGUAUGAACAAGAGAAGGACAAGAACGAGCAAAAGAAAAGUACAACAAAGAAAAAGCGCAAUGAGGAGAGAGAGAACACAACCAGAGGAAAGGAUGAAGAAAAUAAGGCAGUGUCCAGGCUGAAGCGCUACAUCGCCCUCUGUGGUGUGAGACGGAACUACAAGAAGCUGUUAGACGGCUGCCGAUCAGUAAAGGCAAAGGUGGCUGUGCUGAAGAAAGAGCUGGAGGAGCUGGGUGUGGAAGGUCAGCCCUCCAUAGAGAAAUGUAAAAAAGCUCGACUAAAGAGAGAAGAAGCGCAGGAACUGGCUGAGCUGGAUUUAAGCAACAUCAUCGCCACUCAGGGACGUCCCAAAAGAAGAGCAGCUGCAGCAGCAUGGCCCCCUGCACAGAGUGUCUCUCCUCCCCCCUCUGCCUAUAAACGUGCUGUGGACUCAGACUCUGAUAGUGGAGAGAGCCACAGAAACACAGGGCACAAGAGAGGAGCAGCCUGGGCCAACCUGCAGGGAAUCAUCAGUGAUGACGGAGAGAGCGACUAGGCCACAAGUGCCUUUCCCGACCAUCUGUUUCACCAUUAUACAGUGCAUUCCUUAAGUUCACCCACUCUGUAAUUCACUAUGGAAAAAAAGAUAAACUUGUUCUCAUGAAUCAAUUGGUACAUUGGCAAGAAUUUUACAUGUUGUACAUCCUGUUAUUGUAGGAUGUUGUUGGAUUUCUGUAUAGUAAGUUUGUUCUCUCUAUUUGCGUGUUUUACAAUUGUCAGUUUGUACUUUAUAUUUAAGUAUCUUAAAUGUGUUUAAUAAGGUUUGUGUAGCUUUGGAAAUAAAAUAACAUAUAUUGAA